AUGGCACCGUGUAUAAAGAGUCUUACUAAGAAAAGUAUAAAACCAUCAAUGGGAGAUUCUGGAAAAAAUGUGAGGUGUGCUACUUUCCUUUUCCGUAUACAAAACACAGGUCAGAGUUCAUCGUCGAAUUCAUUCAUUAGAUUUGUACCAAAUCAUCAAAGACAAACCAUUAUACCGUGUGUUCCUGUUUCCAGAAGAUAUUAUCAACAUAAUUAUACAGGUAGAUCGAAAUUAAACAAUAAAUCGUCCAGGGUGAAAUAUGCACUAGGUUUAGUGACAGGGAUUGCAGUUAGUUUGGGUUUUGGAUGGUACAAACUGAAAAGACAAGUAUGCAAUUGUGACGAUCGAAAACAAGAUGAUCUAGAGGACAAAAUCACAGGCUUGGAACGAGAAAGUCACUCUUUAACAAUUGAGGAAGCCAUCAUCAGAUCUAGAGACCUCGCAAAAAGGAUCAAGGAUGAAUCAGGCAGUCCAGGUCUAGCAGUCUCCGUCAGUGUCAAUGGGAAAGAAGUCUGGAAUGAAGGUCUUGGUUAUGCUGAUGUGGAGAAUCGUGUGCCUUGCUCAGCUGACACCGUUCUAAGAAUUGCUAGUAUCAGUAAAUCUAUCACCAUGGUAGCUGUUGCUAAACAGCUCGAAGCUGGUACACUGGAACUAGACAAACCUAUACAACACUACAUACCAAGUUUUCCAGAGAAAGAAGUCAAUGGCAAAAAGGUUACAAUAACGUCCAGACAACUAGUGUCCCAUUUCGCAGGAAUCCGUCACUACCACACAAAAGCCAGUAAACCUAACACUGAGGAGGAGACAGAGACUAAAAAGACGAUUAAAUCUGACAAGAAAACUAAUAUGAAAGAGGCAGCGGUUCAGACACCAGAGAAAUCGGAGUACUUCAUAGCUGAUCAUUUCAAAAGUGUGAUGGAGAGUCUUAAUUUGUUCAAGGAUGACCCUCUGGUACAUGAACCAGGGUCUGAGUACCUGUACACAACCUAUGGUUUUACUUUAUUGAGUGCUGUGCUUGAGGCAGUUACUAAGAAACCAUUUGAAAAAUUGAUGCAAGAAUAUUUCAUUGAGAUGGGAAUGGAGAAUACUUUUCUGGAUGAGAACACACCUCUCAUUUACAAUAGAGGACGACAUUACAUGAAGAACAAAAAUGGACGUCUUAUCAAUACCCCUUAUGUAGAUUUGUCAUAUAAGUGGGCAGGGGGAGGUUUCCUUUCCAGUACACGUGACCUUGUUAAAUUUGGUCACGUGAUGCUGUACAGUUACCUACACAAGUCAGAUAACGUAACUAAGCAACAGAGAGACACAAAUCUGAAAGAUGAUUCUAACACAAGGAAGCAGAAAUCUGAAGUUAUUUCAAUGCCAAACCAAACGAAAACAAAGACACCAGCUCCUGGAUUUCUGAAAACAGAAUCAGUGCAGUUGCUAUGGAAACCUGUUGCCAAGACAAAAUGUGCUUGGGAUAAAUUUGGAUAUUAUGGGAUGGGAUGGGCUGUAGUGCCGGAAGGCGAAAACUGUGGUCACUGUCACCAUAGCGACCACAUUGUUUCACACACAGGAGGGGCUAUAGGAGGGAGCAGUGUCUUGAUAAUCAAACCAAAGGACUGUGGUCAUGAUAACACCCCCCCUGGAGAGCUUCAAGGUGUUGUUGUUGCAAUGAUUGCCAACAUGACUUCUGUUAGUUUAUACAAAACAGCUGUCAAAGUGGCCAAAUUAUUUGAAGAAGCAAGUUCUUAGAUAAACAGUUGGUGUAAAAGUUUUCUGAAAACGCAGCAUCAGUUAUCCCAGUUUUAUUGAAUUAUUUCAAUAUGUCCUAAUACUUACAAUACCGAUCAAUGUAUGAAACCCUAAAAUCUUCUCCUAACACUUAUCUUAAUAUCAAAUAACAAGUGAAUGUCACACAAGAACAUCUGAAUUAAUGGUUUAAUAUCU